GAGUAAGUUUGACUGGAUCAUUUAGAUUGAUAUAGAUAGAUUUGAAUGUCUAUUUCUCCAAUUAUUAUAGUGGCAUGCUCCCUGCCCCAAGACAAGGACAACCAAUUUCCAUAUGCAGUGUUUGUAUGUUAGUGCUCUCAUAUGAUUCCUCUUCACCAAGCUUACCACCCUCUACUUCCCUUUCCUCCUUGCUUGGUGCCUCCUUUCUCUGCAUCUCUCAUAAGAUGGCUGUUUACAUUGGUGAGUAAUACAUGAACUACUAUUCUCAUCUGCAAAUUUUAUCUUCCAUGAUCGAUCUAUUGCCUGCAAUAUAAUUUACUUCUCCAUUUAUGUUUCUCGAGUUCAGUUUCAGAGAGGAUUCCAAUUUGAAAAUGGACUACCUUCUUUUGACCUCCCAUCUCUUGAUAGUUCUAGUCUCACCAAAGAGCUAAAACAGUGAUUUAGACUGAAUACCCACUCGACAGCCUACCUUUAUUUCUCUCUGUUUACGUCGUCACUUCCAGCACAAUCUCUUUCCUCUCGGAUAGUCUUUCAGCUACUCUUCGGCAACAACUGGAAAACAGCAAUCCUCAUUUGCUUUUCUAUCUUUAUAUUCCUCAGGAUCGGUAUACCUCUACAAAGGGAACCAUCGAACUCCAUCAUUCCUUCCCCCAUUCCUCAUUUGAUUUGAAGUGCCAACCGAAAUCUGUAUUUGAAGAGCCCCACAUCUUUCAGUAGAAGCACAAGAGAGUGGGUGCUGCUAAAAGGAACCAGACCCAUCCCUGGUUGCCCAUUGCCUUGCCUGAGGCUAGCUUGUAAACUGUGUCCAUGCCGUUUGUCCAGUCCCGUUUGUUGAUAUAAUUAAUGUUUGAGGAUAGCUCUGUAUUCCAAACACCCAGCAACUUCUAUUUUCCAUUAGCAGAGUAGCUACAUUUAUCUCCUCCUACUUUGGAUGAGAAAAAGAUGAGCAUCCCCGAUUUGUUCAGAUGUCCAAUUAGCCUUGAUCUAUUCACCGACCCUGUCACUCUCAGCACCGGCCAGACCUACGACAGGCCGGGCAUCGAGAAAUGGCUUGCUGGAGGGAACCUUACGUGCCCGGUCACCAUGCAGAAGCUCCAUGAUACGUCCCUGGUCCCCAACCACACCCUCAAGCACCUGAUUGAUCAGUGGCUUCUCACAGGCUGUGACCUCAAUCCACAUCCAAAGCCCUCAAAACCGAUCGAUAGUUUCGAGUUAUCCGCCCUCAAGCAAAGCUUCCAAUCCCCAGAUGCCACAGUAACUGCAAAGCUGGAGACACUUCGAAAGAUCAGAGUGCUAUCGGUGGAGUCCGACAUUCCAUGUCUGAUCCACUCAGGCUUCUUUCGACUGCUGCUAGAAACGCUGUUCCAAGCACCCUGGCAUGGUAAUGCGGAACUCAUGGAAUUAGCCCUCGAAUGCAUUCUAAAUCUAUCACCUUCGAUCCAUGUGGAUUCCUUGAACAUGCUGAAGAAAGAAUCCUACUUAGCUUCUUUGGUGCUUCUUUUAGAACAAGGUAGUACUAAGAUCAAGACUAGCUUAUGCUAUCUAUUAGAGGACAUUGCUACAUCUUUGGCAACUUGCGAGCUGUGCUUGGUCUUGGGACAGACACAGCGAGUGCUGCAAGCCUUGAUCGCUCUUCUACAUGACAAAACUGAUGCCGGUGCAUCGGAAGCUGCUCUUAGAGCUAUUUCCAGCAUAUGUUCCUUAGAAGCCAAUCGAGGCAAUGCAAUUAAAGAAGGUGCCGUCGAUGGCCUGAUCAUGUAUCUUCUGAAUUCAACUCAGCGGAAUGUUUCUCAAGCCUUGGCCACAUUGGAGCUUCUUUUAGGACUGGAGACUGGAAGGAAGGCUCUGAGCAGGAAUUCCGAAGCUGUCGGUCUCCUUGUGAAGAUGGUGUUCAGAGUCUCAUCUGUUCAAGAGGGUAGCGAGCAAGCCAUCGGUUCGCUAAUGAUCUUGUGCAGCGAGUCGAGACAGAUGCGAGUGGAGGCCAUAAAUUCUGGGGUAUUGACACAGCUGCUGUUGCUGCUCCAGAGCCAGUCCAGCCCCAAAGCCAAAGACAAGGCCAGAGCAUUUCUGAAGCUGCUCAGAGUCAUGUGGAAUGAGGACCAAAGGUGGUUAUGAUACUUCAUUUGCACUCUUAAAUAGCUGAAUCAUACCCUGUUUGAUAACCUCAUUCUCUUUCGCCAUGGAAGAUUGGAGAUAUGUAUAGGCUCUGAAUAUUCCUCCAAUGAUAUGACAUUAAUCAAUUAAAAUGGUAGAUUGGCAACCUUUCCUUCUGCAAUGCGAGUGGAAACCAGAAUAUGAGCAUUUGUGAAACUUGUCUAGUUAUAAUUUAAUUGAGCUGCAGCACUACUGGGCAAGAAUGCACUGCCCUGUCACCCUAGUGAUACAUACAUAUCUCCUAUGGUUUUCCAUACACCAUUGUCUGUAAUAAGAAUCCAGAAGAGAGAAUCUAGUCUAAAGGGA